GUCCGGAAAGGGCGCGGAAUGGAGGCAGGGGAAGCGAAGGGAGGAGAAAGCGGGGGCGAGAGUGCGCAUGCGAGCGGGGAACCCCAGCCUUCGAGGACCUAGAGAGCCACGUGUGGCCUCGAGGCUGCUGGUUUCCCACCCCUGUCUCACGCGCCCCUUAGGAUAACCGCCGUACAAAGCAGGCGCUGUGGAUAGCCGCAUUGUGUCACUUCAUGGUGUCUACCAGAGGACUGGACCCAUAGGUCUUCUGUCAAGACUUGCAUACACUGGGUUUCUCCAAGAUAGAGAGGCUAAGGUCUCUCCUGCUGAUGUCUGGGGAAAAGGGCUCCCCAAAGGAGAUCGAAGCUGAGACAGAUGAUACUGAUGCUCCCUGCCCUAGUGUCUCUGAAGUAGAGCAGCUCCUCAGGACAGGGAGGGUCUCCUGCACCCAUGUGGAUGAAGUCUGGCCCAAUCUCUUCAUAGGAGAUGCGGCCACAGCAAACAAUCGCUUUGAACUGUGGAAACUAGGCAUCACUCAUGUGCUGAAUGCAGCCCACGGGGGGCUUUACUGCCAGGGGGGCCCUGACUUCUAUGGCAGCUGUGUGAGCUACCUGGGGGUGCCUGCCCAUGACCUCCCUGACUUCAAUAUCAGUGCCUACUUUUCUUCUGCUGCUGAUUUUAUCCACAAUGCUCUCCUCACACCUGGGGCCAAGGUACUAGUUCACUGUGUGGUGGGGGUCAGCCGAUCAGCCACUCUGGUCUUGGCUUACCUCAUGCUGAGGCAAGGACUAACUCUGCGGCAGGCUGUGAAUUCUGUGAAGCAACACCGUUGGAUCUUCCCCAACUCUGGUUUCCUCAAGCAGCUGUGCCAGCUGGACAGGCAGCUUCAGGGAGCAGGGGGAGCACCAAGGGACUGAGAGAGCAGCCCCUCAU